CAGCACGUCAGUAGCCGUAGUUUCGCCCGUUUUCUCAUUUUCUGCCUCCUUUCUGUUUAUUCCAUAUUUUUGGGUACCACUCAGGAGCUGAGGCCUCCUCGCUGGAUUCCUGCGUUUCUAAACCCUAAUCUUUUGGUCUCCAAAAAAUGGACCACUUCUUCUUCUUCUUAUAGGAUUUUUUUAAAAAUUUUUUUGGAAAGAGCCACCCAUUGCUUUCCUCCGUAUUUCUGAAAGAAAAGCAAGGAAGAGGGUGGAGGAAGAAGAAGAAUCCUGACACAAAGCAAUGUCUCGCCAAGCUACUUCCUCCGCUUUCCACAAAUCUAAAACUCUCGGCAACAAAUACAUGCUUGGAGAUGAAAUCGGAAAAGGUGCAUAUGCACGUGUUUAUAAAGGUUUGGAUUUGGAGAAUGGAGACUUUGUUGCAAUUAAACAAGUAUCUUUGGAGAAUAUAGCCCAGGAAGAUCUCAAUAUUAUAAUGCAAGAGAUUGAUUUAUUGAAGAAUUUGAAUCAUAAAAACAUUGUCAAGUAUCUUGGAUCAUUGAAGACAACAACUCACCUGCAUAUAAUUCUUGAGUAUGUGGAGAACGGUUCGCUUGCAAACAUUAUCAAGCCAAAUAAAUUUGGGCCUUUUCCUGAAUCAUUGGUGGCUGUUUAUAUUGCCCAGGUUUUGGAAGGUUUGGUUUAUCUACAUGAACAGGGUGUUAUCCAUCGGGAUAUCAAGGGUGCAAAUAUUUUGACAACUAAAGAGGGUCUUGUGAAACUCGCUGAUUUUGGUGUUGCGACCAAACUAACCGAGGCUGAUGUUAACACACAUUCUGUUGUUGGAACACCAUAUUGGAUGGCCCCAGAGGUGAUCGAAAUGUCGGGGGUUUCUGCUGCUUCUGACAUUUGGAGUGUUGGAUGUACUGUGGUCGAACUACUAACGUGUGUGCCACCUUACUAUGAACUGCAGCCUAUGCCAGCUCUCUUUCGGAUUGUGCAGGAUGAGAAUCCACCGAUACCUGAUAGUCUAUCUCCAGACAUUACUGACUUUCUGCGCCAGUGCUUUAAGAAGGAUGCUAGACAGAGGCCAGAUGCAAAAACACUGCUUUCUCAUCCUUGGAUACGAAACUGCAAACGUGCCUUGCAGUCUUCUCUGCGCCAUAGUGGAACCAUUAGAAACUUAUCAGAAACUGUUGCAGCAGAUGGAGAAAGCUCUACUGGUGAUAAUCAAAGUGCUGGAAAGACUCUUCCUGUGCACAAAGCGGAGGCAUCUGAAACAAGCUCCAGGAAAGAGCUAUUAUCAGCAGAGGGCACCAAUGAAGGCAAGUAUGAUCAUGAUCAUUCUGCAGAUAGUAAUCUUCGUGAAGAAAGAAUAAAUAAUUUAGAUGAUGAUCUACUAUCAGACGAAGUUCCAACCUUGUCCAUUCAUGAGAAAUCUUCAUUAAGAAGUAGUUCUGGUAGACUGUCUGUUAAGAAUGUAGUGGCAACCCCUGGUCCUGCUCAGCUUCAUGAGAUAUCACAGCAAGAUGAUGAUUUUGGAUCUCCUAAAUCAAGCAAGAAACAUGUGGAAAAAGGACUUGUAGGCGAAGAGACUUCUGUUGAUAUUGGGAAUAAAUCAUUUUGUUUUGGACCUACUCAGGAUGCCGGCCUGCAAAAGGCUACAAAAGCAUCGGUGACCUCACCUGGGAAUGAGCUAAGUAGGUUUAGUGAUCCUCCUGGAGAUGCUUCCUUGGAUGACUUAUUUCAUCCAUUGGAUAAAAGCUUGGAGGAAAGAGUAGCUGAUGCUUCAACAUCUGCAUCUGCAUCGAAUGUGAACCAAGCUACUGUACCUGAUGCAGGCAAAAAUGAUCUAGCUAAGAAAUUAAGGGAUACAAUUGCUAAGAAACAAAUGGAAGAAGAAAUGGGACAGUCAAAUGGUGGUGGUGACAUACUUCGCUUAAUGAUGGGUGUUUUGAAGGAUGAUGUUAUUGACAUUGAUAAUUUGGUUUUUGAAGAGAAGUUACCCUCUGAGAAUAUAUUUCCCCUACAGGCAGUUGAGUUUAGUCGAUUGGUUAGCUCACUAAGACCAGAAGAGUCAGAGGAUGCUGUUAUGACUGCCUGUCAGAAACUCAUAGCAAUCUUCCACCAGCGACCUGAACAGAAAAUUGUUUUUGUCUCCCAGCAUGGUUUGCUGCCUUUGAUGGAAUUGCUUGAUAUCCCAAGAACUCGUGUUAUAUGUUCUGUGCUUCAACUUAUUAACGAGCUUGUAAAAGACAACACUGAUUUCCAGGAGAAUGCUUGUCUUGUUGGCUUGAUCCCUUUAGUAAUGAGUUUUGCGGGGCCUGAUCGUCCUCGGGAAGUUCGGAUGGAAGCAGCUUGGUUCUUGCAGCAGCUUUGUCUAUCAAGCUCCUUGACUUUGCAGAUGUUCAUAGCUUGCCGUGGAAUCCCUGUUUUAGUUGGUUUUUUAGAGGCUGAUUAUGCAAAGUACAGGGAAAUGGUGCACCUAGCAAUUGAUGGCAUGUGGCAGGUUUUCAAGCUUCAACGAUCAACCCCAAGGAAUGAUUUCUGUCAGAUAGCUGCGAAAAAUGGGAUAUUACUGAGGCUUAUUAAUACUCUGUAUAGUUUAAAUGAAGCAACUCGACUUGCUGCUAAAUCUGUUGGGGGUCGAUUCUCAUCAGAUGGUUCUGCUCAACAGCAACGUUCUGGUCCUUUAGAUUCCAGUCAUCCUCUGUUUUCUCAGAACGAAAUUCCACUCUCUCCAACUGAUCAUUUGUUAGACAGACAUGGAAUGACUGAGCAUUCGUUUCCAACUGUAACUCAAGAAUCUUCACGGGCUUCAACUUCACAUUCUCAGAGGUCAGAUAUCAAUCUGCCGGAUCCUCGUUAUCUUUCUAUUGACGGUGACAGACCCCGGUCUAGCAAUGGGGCAUCAGAUAUUUCAGUUGGUUCUAAAUUGGCAUACUUUACUUCCAUGGAAAAAGUUGCAAAUAUAGGCACCAAAGAAUCCUCUACAACUUCCAAAGGGCGAGAAAACAUGGAUCGGUGGAAAAUUGAUCCUGCUGACCUCAGACAGCCAAAGGCAAGUAACUCUAUAAACAGGACAUCUACUGACAGACCUCCCAAAUUGAUAGAAGCUAUGUCAAAUGGAUUUACCACUUCAAGAACUACCCAGGCAGAACAAGUUCGCCCGCUGCUUAGCUUAUUGGAGAAGGAACCUCCUUCUAGACGUUUCUCCUGUCAAUUGGAGUAUGUACGCCACCUGCCAGGAUUAGAGAAACAUGAAAGUGUACUGCCUCUACUACAUGCUAAUGACAGGAAAACCAAUGGUGAACUAGAUUACUUGAUGGCUGACUUUGCAGAGGUCUCUGGCCGUGGAAGAGAAAAUGGAAUUGUGGAUUCUACACCUAGAAUUUCACAUAAAUCAGCGAGUAAGAAAGUUGGACAACUGGCAUUCUAUGAAGGAGCAGCAUCGAGAUCCGGCAUAGCUUCUCAGACGACAUCAGGUGUAUUAUCUGGCUCAGGUGUUCUAGAUGCUAGACCAGGAAGCACAACCUCAUCAGGGUUACUGUCCAACAUGGUAUCAACAAUGAAUGUGGAUGUUGCCGGGGAGUAUCUGGAAAAGGUGGCAGACCUUCUUCUUGAAUUUGCCCAAGCAGAUACUACCGUUAAGUCCUACAUGUGUAGCCAAAGCUUGCUUAACCGUCUUUUCCAGAUGUUCGAUCGCAUUGACCCACCUAUUCUAUUAAAGAUUCUGAAGUGUAUCAAUUAUUUGUCCACCGAUCCAAACUGCUUAGAGAAUCUUCAGCGAGCAGAUGCAAUUAAGUAUUUGAUCCCCAACCUAGAGCUCAAAGAUGGCCCUCUUGUAUCCCAAAUGCAGCACGAGGUUCUCAAUGCCCUGUUCAACUUGUGCAAGAUAAAUAAGAAGAGACAGGAACAAGCAGCAGAAAAUGGAAUCGUUCCACACUUGAUGAGUUUCAUCAUAUCAGAUUCUCCCUUGAAGCAACAUGCGUUGCCGCUACUGUGUGACAUGGCUCAUGCAUCACGUAAUUCAAGGGAACAGUUGAGGGUCCAUGGUGGAUUGGAUGUGUUCUUGAGCUUGCUUGAUGAUGAGCUGUGGUCUGUGACAGCAUUAGAUGCACUUGCUAUUUGCUUGGCUAAUGACAGUGACAACCAAAAGGUGGAACAAGCUUUGCUAAAGAAGGAUGCAGUUCACAGAUUGGUGAAGUUUUUCCAAUGUUGUCCAGAGCGGCAUUUUGUCCACAUACUGGAACCAUUCUUGAAAAUUAUCACGAAAUCAUCCCGAAUAAACACAACAUUAGCUGUUAAUGGUUUGACGCCACUGCUGAUUGCAAGGUUGGAUCAUCAGGAUGCUAUUGCCCGUCUUAAUCUACUUAAAUUAAUUAAGGCUGUGUAUGAGCACCACCCACGGCCAAAACAAUUAAUCGUGGAGAAUGAUUUACCACAGAAGCUUCAGACUCUAAUAGAGGAACGAAGGGAUGGACAGCGAUCCGGGGGCCAAGUGUUGGUGAAGCAAAUGGCAACUUCCUUGCUCAAAGCCCUUCAUAUUAACACCGUCUUGUAAAUUCAUGUGUCUUAAACAAGUUUCCUCCUUCCCCGGAUGUAUGUAUGCAUGUAUAUUUUGAUUGUUUUGGAAGGAAUGAUUUUCUCUUUUCUUCCCCACUAGUAGCUCCUUUUGGUUUUUCAUCUCACAGCAAUGAUCUGGUGUCUCAUUUGUGCUGCUUUUUGGGGGCUUAUAUAUAUAUAAUUUAAAUUGACAGAAGAGAAGUGUAUCAUUUUGUAGAUAAUGGUAAAUAAUAUUUGCAUUUGCAUAGAUAAUGGUACAUGUACAGGGUAAAAGUUUGAUCUUCA